AUGCCUACGCAGUCCUUCAUCACAACGCUGUUGGCUGCUGUAGCUUCUGUUGUAGCAGCCACCCCGAGCACUCUUCAUGAGCGAAGCGUCGCCUUCGACUGGGGCACAGACAAAGUGCGAGGUGUGAACAUUGGCGGUUGGCUCGUUGUGGAGCCGUUCAUCACGCCAUCCAUCUUCGAGAAGUACGACUCAGAAGAAUGGCCAGUCUUUGACGAAUGGACACUUUGCGAGCGACUGGGCCGUGAUGCUUGUGCCGAUGUGUUGAAGUCACAUUGGGAUAACUUUUUCUCGUUGGAAGAUUUCUGGAAGAUCAAGAACUCCGGCUUCAACGUCGUGCGCAUUCCCGUCGGUUACUGGAGCUACGUGGAGCCCUGGGGCCCUUACAUCGCCGGUGCAGCUCUUUAUCUCGACGCCGCAAUCGACUGGGCGCGCCAAACCGGUCUAAAGGUCAUCAUAGAUCUCCACGGCGCACCCAAAUCUCAAAACGGCUUCGACCACAGCGGCCACACAGCAUCCUGGCCAUCCUGGGGCGACGCCGAGAGUUUGAGGCACACACACGCUGCACUCAGUGUAAUCUCACAAAAUUACGCCAAACCAGAGAUGCAUGAUGUCGUGGUGGCUAUUCAAUUCCUCAACGAGCCUUUCCUGAUGAAGCUCGAUCGCGAGAUGAACCCAUCUUGGCUGAACAGUUUCCUGACUACCAAGGAUGGUGCGAGCGAUGUGAUUGUCGAUCACCAUGAGUAUCAGAUCUUUGACGAUGGUGCCAAUGGCAUGUCCGUCGACCAACAUGUCGCUCUUGCAUGCAACUCUGUCAGCAACUACGACAGCUCCGACAAAUGGAUCAUCGUAGGCGAAUGGUCCGGUGCCUUCACAGACUGUGCCCCGUAUCUCAAUGGCUUCCACCUGGGCUCCCGCAUGGAAGGCAGUUUCCCCGGCUCCUACUACAUCGACACCUGCGUGGGUAAAUCCGGUCCCGUUGCUUCAUGGUCUCAAGACUGGAAGAAUAGUGUGCGUCGCUACAUUGAGGUCCAACUCGAUGCGUAUGAAGCCAAGACCAAAGGUUGGAUCUUUUGGAACUUCAAGACUGAGGGUGGCGCGGGCGAGUGGGAUCUGUUUCAGUUGAUUGACGAGGGGGUUUUUCCCGCAACCGCUGGGGGAGAGGUGAUUUGGGAAGGCUUGUAA